AGAGAGAGAGAGACAAAGUGCAUUUGAAUGACGUAGAUGGAAGUUUUGUUUCACACUUCCUCUUUAGUGUUCUAUUUCGAAGCUGUAAAAGUGUCAUGGAAUUCCUCUUUACCGCUAUUCAUUUGCGAGCAGAUGCUCCGUUCAGUCACAAGAACAGCUCUCUUGAGUUUUUAUCAUUUUGGAGCAGAAUGUCUGGCCUGUACCACACUCUCAGUCAGAUCACUGAUGAGCUCAGCACAGACGAAUGCAAGCGGAUCUGUUAUCUGUGCGGCUCUCUUGAUAUGGACAAGUUCUCUACAGAUCCCAGAGGCAUGUUACAAUCUGUACUGUUCCAAACGAGGAUGGAUUACGUGUUUCUCAUGGAGCUCAUUCUGAAAAUAAAACGCUAUGAUCUGCUGCAAGAAGUGCUGAGCACCAACAAGAGCACGGUUGAGGGACUGCUAAAAAAUGGCCAUUCUGUGUCAGAAUACAGAGUGCUGAUGGCUGAUGUUAGUGAGGACAUGGACACAGAGGACCUGAAGUCAUUGGCAUUCUUACUGAGAGGAACUUUACCAGAACAUAAACUGGAAAAUGUCCAGAGUUUUUUAGACAUUGUAGUUGAGUUGGAGAAACUCGACCAGCUCUCCAGUGAGAAGAUGGACUUGAUCGAACACUGCCUGAGGUCCAUCCAUAGGGCCGAUCUCGCUAAAAAGAUCAGUCACUACCAGCAGACAGUGCUAAUGACCAAACAAGGAUCUUCGCCUCCAGACAGACUGCAGUUCUGCAGAAUGCCAUCGCCAAACUGCUCAUUUGGUGUCUCAACCGCUUCUUGUAAUGUGAGGCCCAUUUCCAAAUUCUGUGAUAAACCGACAACAGUGAAGAAGGAACUACUUUGCUCUAGUUCCUAUCGUCAGCAGCAGGAGGAAGUGUACAGUAUGCGGAGUGAUCCCAGAGGAGUGUGUUUAAUCAUAGACUGUGUCGGCACUGAAGGAGAUCAGCUGGAGCAAACAUUCCAGGCCUUAAACUUUCAUGUGAUCACGCACAAGCUGCUGAGUGUGAGAGACGUGCAGUCCACUCUGAGGGAAGUGACUCAUCAGCAGGGUCACUAUAGAGCGUCUGCUUUUGUCUGCUGCAUUAUCAGCCGAAGCCGCUCAUCAGAUCUGCUGGCCACUGACUCUCACGGUCCAAGACUGGACCUGGACACUGUCAGGUGCCUCUUCACUUCAGACUCCUGCCCGGGCCUGGCGGGCAAGCCUAAACUCUUCUUUAUCCAGAGCUAUGAUGUGUCCGAGCCUCAGAGCUGUGCUGGGUAUAUGGGGUGUGAAGAUGAGGCGGGUGGAGAGCUGGAGACAGACGCGCCUGUGCUCUUAUGCUGCAAGAGGACCAUCCCGGUGGACGCGGACAUCUUCUGGAGUCACUGCUGGACUAAAGGAGAACAGCUGGAGGUGCCGAACCAUCAGUCUGUGUACCUGAAAGCCUUGAGAUCCUCCUUAACAGAGGGCCAGAAAAGGAGGACACAUUUGGUAGAUGUGCACAUGAUGGUGAAUCGUGCAGUAUACGAUCACAAUCACAAAUCUCCACAAUCGUCUUACUUUUUAAAUCUGAGACACACGCUCAGGAAGAAUGUCUAUUUGUCAUGAUUCCUCACGUUUAAGUGAAGGGAGAUGAUUAUGCAAGAACAUUUGAUGUUUGAGAAACGAUGAUCAUCACAAUGAUGUCGACUUGAAUUGUAUCAAUUAUGAUUUGCUGUGUUUCAGUAAAUAAAUCUCAGGUUUUGUCAUUGUAGUUUCCUAUAUUGUCCACAUGCUGGCAGUGUUGUCCAGUGUCCACUUUUUUUUUUUUCUUAUUUUAUUGCUUUUAAAAAAAUCUGAACUGAUUGUCCUUUAAACCAAUAAUUUAAUUUAAUUUAAUUAAUUGUUUAAAUUGGUAAAAGAAAGUUCCAAACCAUAUACUGAUAGCUUCUCAAACAGACAGACUGUGUUUACAGUCAUAGGAAACUGUAUCACAUUAUCCAAAUUCUAUUAUAAUAUAUAAUGGGAGACCUGGGAUUUGAUAUAUUUAGAUGCAAGUGUUUACAUUGUUAUAUGUAUGUUGCUAUUAUUUGUAUUUGAUGGAUAUUUUUCAUUCAUACAGUUCAGUAUUUCGCUAUUUCAGUACACAUAUUUCAAUUUUAGUCUUCAUUUUUUUUUACAUUAUUUUUUUUAAAUGCAAAUAUUUAUAUUUUAUAUGUAUAUUUAUUGUCAUACUGUGUGCUUAUGUUUAUCAUUCCACGGGUGCCAUUUGUAUCCCUCCUGAACAUCUGUGACAAUGCCUUAAUGAAUAACUGACACCAACUUUAAAGUGUUAUGUUAGACAUGCUGUCUUAACACAAAUCCAGUAUAUUUUACUUUAUAUUUCUGUCUAUGCAGGCUAUUUCCAACUUCUCCAUGUUAUUUUAGCAAACGUGCAUUUUAAGUCAACCCUGUUACCAUGAUAACUGAAAUUAGUUCCGUUAAUAAUAAUAAUUAUAAAAAUACUUAAAACAAGUAUUGUCUCUUCUUAUGUUGUAAAUUUGACAUUAAGGAAUGAUCUUUGACUUUCAACCCUGUUACCAUGAUUUUGCCAGCAGCUGGUUACUGAAAAAUGGAUAUUGUAGCAUUAUCAGCAUGUUCUUUCUAAUAAAACCCAUAUGUCAUGACCUCGA